UUCUUUUUCAUGCGGCAGGCAUCUGAAUAGGGGAGGUGUUGCCUGAGCAGCGGCUCAGACAAUAUUAGAGUGACCUAGAACUAGGCAAUAUAUAAAGAGGCGCAGUUGGCGCGUUGUCUCAAUUCAAGUUUUUCGGGUGAAACAGAUGACGAAUUUAAUUGACAAACAUACAAACGUUCGGGUGAGCUCUGUGCUCAACCGAGACGUUAGUAAUUUCGGCAAGAAGCACCUUACUGACGGUCGCCCAGACACCUGUUGGAAUUCGGACCAGGGAACUCCUCAGUGGAUAUGUCUAGAUUUCUCAACUCCUGUUGCGCUGUCUGAAAUUCAUCUCCAGUUUCAAGGCGGAUUCGCUGGGAAAGAAGUGCGCGUCGAAGCUGCCAGUUCCGGCGCGACAGCCUGUUGCCGCAUUUUCCCCGAAGAUAGCAAUGGCUUGCAAAAGUUUACAUUGGAGCUGGACAUCCCAGUGGAAAGGAUGCGGAUAGUUUUCUGCUCAAGCACAGACAUGUUUGGGCGGAUUGUACUGUAUCAUCUGGCUGUUUGUGGGAAAAAAUGCAAUUCCGAGAGCAAUUCGCUGGACUGACUGUGCCCAAUAAAUUAACAAUAUUUUCCAUCAACA